AUGACGGCUCACCGCUUUGAGAGCGCCAUGGAGGAGAAGACGUGGAUCUUACACACAGACUGCGGCUUGUCCGGCCGGCAGCGGCUGUGCCUGGCAGCGGUGCUGUGCUUGCUGACCUGUCCUGCCAGGACGGACGACGCCUGUCCGUCACGAUGUGUUUGUGCCAGAGACGCGGGGACGGUGACCUGUGAGGACUGGUGGGACUCGGGGCUGCCAGAACUCCCCGAGUGGACCCGCACCUUCGUGCUCCGCGGGGGGAACGUGUCAACUUUACAGCGCGGUGCCUUCAUGAACAACGGCAGCGAGUCGGAGGUCGCCGCUCUGUCGCUGUCCGGGAACGGGAUCCGGAGCAUCGAGCCGUACGCCUUCCUGGGGCUGACCCGGCUGCACUCGCUGGACCUCAGCCACAACCAGCUGGGCUUCCUGUCGGCCAGAUCUUUCCACGGGCUGCAGCAGCUGCGCUCCCUCUACCUCAACUGCUCCCUGCUGCCGGCGGCGCUCGCGCAGCUCCCCAGCGCGCUCAGCACGGAAAGUUUGCGCAACCUGCACCGUCUGGAGUUGGCGGGAAACCGGCUCCGGUCCAUCCCGCCGCUUCGGUUCGACCUCUACAACCUGCACAGCCUGGUCCUGACCAACAACUCCAUCGAGAGCGUCGGGAGGGAGGAGAUCAGCAGCCUGGACCGGCACCGGCGCACGCGCCUCUUCCUGGCCGCCAACCCGUUCCGGUGCAACUGCGAGCUGGAGGCCUUCUACUACUGGAUCAAGAACUCGUCCCAGUGCCAGGACGCCGCGCGGCUGGUGUGCAGCGAGCCGGAGAGCAAGCGCGGGCUUCCCCUGGAGAAGCUGCGGCGCGAGGACGUGGACUGCGUCACGGAGAACCUGGAGGCCGUCUCCUACGUCUUCCUGGGGAUCGUUCUGGCUCUGAUCGGAGUGGUGUUCCUCAUGGUUCUGUAUCUGAACCGAGAGGGCAUCAAACGCUGGCUCAACAACAUCAGGGAGGCGUGCAGGGACCAGAUGGAGGUCUACCAUUAUCGAUACGAGCAGGACUCUGACCCGAGGCUGGCGAACGUGGCGGUGUGAGGAGCUGCUGGAGCGAAGCUCUGGCCCUCGCUCCAGCAGCUCCCACGCCCAGGACUCCCAUCCCCUCCCUUCUGGUUCGUCCGUCACACCUCUCAUGGCCAGGUCCGAGACCUCACCAUGACUCAACCGUAUCCACCUUCAGAGCGGACAACACUCCGUGGUUUAUGGUCAGAGAACGGACAGAUGGACAGACUGAAUGCAAAACUGAAACUCAAAACCAAAAACCAAUUUGGCCCCUGAUCAAUGAGUUAUAAUCACAGACCACCAGAAUCAACCACUUAUUUUGACUAUUCACUGAAACACUUGCGUCACACUUCACUCUCAGCGAGUCGCCAUCACAGCAGCCUCCACAUCAUGCACCGAGUCAGCAGUAUUUUAGGAACCACGAGAGCCAGAGUACUUGGAGUAAACCACCUCACACUGGAGAUCAUUACAGGUCCUCACCGGCUGACGUCCAUCACUUUCUCUCACCUAUCUGAGACUGGCAGCCGGAGGAAGCUUGUCGGCAAAACCUUCCCAGGUUUUCGUUCAGAGAGACUCGAGAAUCACGAGUGGAUAAAGCGUCUU